AUGAUAGACGCGGACCCGAUUCGGCUGAACGCAUCCCCGCCCACGAAACCGUGCCAUAAUUGUCGGAGGAGGCGGCUAAGGUGCGAUCGUUCUAUUCCAGACUGUCAUAAAUGUGUCAGCAAAGGUGAGAAGUGUCUGGGUUAUGGCAACCUGCUCCGGUGGACCAACGCCGUGGCCGUCAGGGGCAAUCUCGCAAGCCAAAUAUCACAACACCAAAGCCAUAGCCGGCCCAAAGAUGUCAUCAUUUCACAUAACGUUCUGCCAAAAAGGUGCCAAAAGCCGGACACGGUGCUUCAAUGUCUUCAGCUUCCCCUGAUCGACCCUUUGCUGGUCAGCCUCAAACCUCAACACCGUGUCUAUAUCGGCCACUUCGAGCGAUCCGUCUGUAAAGACCUAGUCUCGUGGGACCACCAAGACGCCUACAACCCGUUCCGCUCCAUGCUCUCCCUAGUAGACAGCUUCGAUUACAUCCGCGAGAUAACCCUCGCCACCGCCGCGGUCCACAUGGUGACCAUCCGCCGGAACCACGGGCUCACCUACCAAAAGGAACUCGUCGACGCCCUCGCCGCCAAGGGCCAGGCAUACCGCCUCCUCCGCCGCGCCCUCGAAAACCUGGCCGCGGUCGACAAGCCGAUCGCCGUGGUGGCCGUGGUAUUCUUCAUCAACUUCGACCUCAUCGAGUCCGGGCGCGGCUCGUGGAAGACGCACAUCGAGGCCGCGGGGAAUCUUCUCAGGUCGAUCCACGCCAUGGAGAUCAAGAACCAGGUCCCGCCCAGCAUCGCCAAGCUCGCCGACAUCGUCGUCGCGGACUGCAUCACGUACCACGUGCUCGGCUCGGCCUUUGCCAGCUCCGGGGACACCGCCAUGUCGGCGUUCGAGUCCAUCGACAUCAAGUCCGUCCUGCAGAGGGCAGCGCCGUUCAGCUACGGGUGCUACCCGCCGAUCAUGCUCGAGAUCCUGUCUCAGGCCAGCCACUUGUCUCAAAAGGAUAUCUCAAAGGCCAGGGACCUCAUGAAUCAGCUCUGUGUGCUUGACUUUAGGGCCUGGGUAUAUAGUAUCCCGGGCCUGUCGCCGAAGGACGACCUCGAAGUGAGGGUGGCCAUAGCAGAUGCACAUCGGGCCGCAACAUGCUUGUACAUCCUUCUCGCCGUGCCGGCACUGGAGUGCCACACGCUCUGCGGAGAGUGCAUCACGGCGGAGGCCCAGACCCGCACGGUCCUGGACCAGCUGGCGUCUGUGCCGAUCGAGCACGCAUUGGCCAAGGGGUUGAUAUGGCCCACCUUCAUGGUCGGCGCCCAGACGGACGAUCCCGAGGAGCGGCAGUGGUGCUAUGGAAGGAUGGAAAAGAUAUGGGUGGCCAGCCCCUUCAUUUGCCCCUGGGGGUAUAUCGAGACUGCCAUGACCAUGAUGCAGCGUGUAUGGGAGACCAAGGAUGCAAAGCUCAAGAGUGGUGGCGGAGAAGCGGGAAUAAAUUGGCUACAGGAGUUGAAGGGAGCCCCUGACCACGCUCUGAUUGUAUAA